GCAUGCGCGUUCUGGUCUAGGUGGAUUUGGGGACCCGGACUGGCGAACAGGGCGGCGUUUCUAUGGUGAAGCAGCUUUUUCAUACGCCACAUGGAGCAGAUCGCGUCGCAUCUUCCGCUUCUGCUUUUUAACGAGUGAAAAUUUCGUUAUUACGGCCUCUGGCUUGAUGAACACCAGCCUCUUUUGGAGCUUUCAUGUAACGACCUGGAAUAUUCUUAGCGAACAAUCGGUUACGUUAGCAUUCAAACCUUCGCCUUUGCAAAGGCGUCUUCCACCUUAAAACAGUCGCUAAUAUUUGCGUGGAUAUCCUGCAAAGUAGCUCGUUUUAAGCGUAUAUUUAGUGACCUGCAAUAUUUUAGCGAAUAAUCAGUUAGCAUUGAACCAUCGUCUUCGGAAAUGCGUCUUCCUCCCUAAAACGGUCCUAUCUGUGUGUAUCUCCGGUGUCUCCUCCUCCUCCAGCGGGUGUGUGGGUCUGAUGAAGCGGCCGAUGGUGCGCUCCUCCCCGGUCAGUUCAUCACUCUUUCCCCCGAGGCAGAUCUGAAGUUCAUGUUCCGCCAGGAGGUCGGCGUCCUGUCCUUCAUUCCGUCUUGCUCCUACCUUUUCCAAUACGAGCAAAGGAACAUGUCUCGGUAUAAUAUCUACAGCCUGCUGGACUGGAUGUACGGCGGUGUGGACCCCAUGUUUGAGGGCAACGGAGGGCCCGAGUGCGCCGCCUUCAUCAGUCCGCGUCAGAGGCUUCUAGAGACGCUGAUAAUCGUCUUUUUCUCGGUCCUGGAGGUGCUGCUGGCCCUCAAGAAGCUCAGCGUUCCGAAGGAGGUCAGGGAUGUGGGGAAGGAAGGCCGGAGGAAUAACGUUAAGGAGGACAGCUGGGGCAAGAACCUGUUGCUCGUGGCUCUCUGCAUGACUUUUGGGGUUGAGGUUGGAUUCAAGUUCGCCACGAAGACCGUCAUCUACCUGCUCAACCCGUGCCAUGUGGUCACUAUGGUGCAGUUAAAGGGAUACUUCAUCCUAUGGUUGCACACUGCCGGAUAUUAG